AUGCAUCAGGGGGUAUGUCUGAGGAUCCUGGUCCUACUGCUGAUUGGAGAAUACGUCCAAUCGCAGGAUCUGUGUUCCUCAGCAGUUGUGAACACAUGCGCAGACUGCAUCAAAACAGGACCAACCUGUGUAUGGUGCAAAUUUUUGAACUUUACCAAGCCUGGAGAGCAAGAGGCAGUAAGAUGUAACACCAAAGAAGCACUGGUCAGUAAAGGAUGCCCAGAGAACGAUAUUGUUUCUCCUCUUAAUAAUAUGAAUCGUCUGAAAGAUAAGCCCCUGUCCUCUACACGUGGCCGUGACCCCGUCCAGAUCCAACCCCAAGAGAUCAAACUGCAGCUCAGACCAGGUGUGCCUUUCACAUUUGAGCUCAAGUUUAAAAGGGCAGAGGGUUACCCUGUGGACCUUUACUAUUUGAUGGACCUGUCCUAUUCCAUGAAGGAUGAUCUGGAAAACGUCAAAAAACUGGGCAAUACAUUACUUGAGACACUGAAGAAACUCACCACAGGAAGAGCUAGAAUAGGCUUCGGCUCAUUUGUCGACAAAACUGUUCUUCCAUUUACGGACACAAAUGAAGAGAAGCUUCGGAGACCGUGUCCAGAGAAAGAAGGGUCUUGUCAGGCAGCAUUUGGAUACAAGCAUGUCCUUAGCCUGACAGAUAGCACAGCGACGUUUUCCACCAUGGUGUCACAGCAACAAAUAUCGGGAAAUCUGGACACCCCAGAGGGAAGUCUGGAUGCUAUUAUGCAGGCGGCAGUCUGCGGGGAUAAAAUCGGCUGGGGAAACAGCACUCGGCUGCUGGUUCUAGCAACAGAUGCUGGGUUUCACAUGGCUGGCGAUGGAAAACUCGCUGCAAUUCUAGAGCCGAACGAUGAGAGCUGUCAUUUGGACAAAAACUUCAUGUACGGCAAGAGCAACGAACUGGAUUACCCAUCAGUCGGUCAGGUCGCUAUCAAAUUAGCGGAGAACAAUAUCCAGCCUAUUUUUGCUGUCACUAAAAACGUGGAGGAUGUUUACAGGGAGCUGAGUAGGUUAAUACCCAAGUCUGAAGUUGGUGUGCUAGACUCUGAUUCUAGUAAUGUUAUAGAACUAAUUCGAGAGGCAUACAACAAUCUGUCCUCAACUGUGAUUGUCAGACAUGAGGAGCAGCUGCCUGAGCACUUGACGGUCCAGUACUCGUCAUGUAAGGGCGGCGUGUUCUCCGACCAAGGAACCUGCAACGGAGUGAAAAUCAAUGAAGAGGUAACCUUCACUGUGAAUGUUCAAGUGGACAAGUGCAUCGGAGACACAAGUUUUCGGAUCGGCCCUCUGGGCUUCCAGGACCGAAUGACAGUCCACGUUUCCACCCGCUGUGAGUGCCGGUGCGAUGAUGCCAAGAACCCAUCGUCCCCCCACUGUAACGGAAAAGGCCACGUGGUGUGUGGAGGGUGCAGCUGUGAUGAGGGUUUUGUCGGGCAGAGGUGUGAGUGUGAGGUGGGGAAAAGAGACGAGAGCUCUCUCAGGGCAGCCUGCCGGAGAGACAACGGUACUGAGUGUGAGGGCCGGGGAGACUGCGUCUGUGGAAGGUGUCAGUGCCACGCCACCGAGAGCGGCAGCUUCUACUACGGCCAACACUGUGAAUGCGAUAACGAACACUGCGAGAAGUUCCAGAACCAACUAUGUGGAGGCAAUGGGGACUGUGUGUGUGGCACCUGUAAGUGCCACGAGGGCUACGAGGGCUCGGCCUGUCAUUGCAAAAAAUCAGAGGAGAAAUGCAAAGGGCGCGACGGCACGGUGUGUCACGGGCGUGGCAAGUGCGUGUGCAACCAGUGCGAGUGCUUAGGAGAUUACAAGAAACCCUUCUGUCGGAGGUGCCCGACCUGCGAGCCUCCUUGUCAACGCUCGGGGGCCUGUAUCGAGUGUCUGGGCUUUAAAAAAGAGCAGCAGUCCUGUGGUAACUGCAGCCACAUCAAGGCCCACAUGGUGGAGAGACUGGACAAGAAGCCUGAGAACUGGCAGUGUCGUGUGAAAGACAGCGAGGGUUGUUGGAUGUUGUUUUCCAUGACCGAGGACAACGGCCUGGAGAAGUACAUCGCUGAGAUCCUAAAGACUAGAGAAUGUCCUGAGCCACCAAACGUCGUGGCGAUCGUAGCGGGCUCUCUGGCUGGGGUGGCUUUGAUAGGCCUGCUGAUUCUUCUCCUCAUCAAACUCCUGAUCCACCUGAAGGACCUGAAGGAGUGGAAGAGAUUUGAGCAGGAGAAGCAGCGAGCCAAGUGGACCGACGGCAGCAAUCCACUGUUCAAGGAGGCGACGACCAAAGUCGAAAAUCCCACGUUCUCCGGAGACUGAGCGCAGGCUCUUCGGCCGCGCUCACUGGAUUGUUUGUGGGGUACGACAAGCUUCUGGAAACAGACUGUGCGAAUGUGUGAACGUUAUGCAGACGACAAAGCAUGUUGCCGUGUAUGGUAACAAAUCUGAGGUUUAUAUAUUUGUAAUUCAGGCCUGGAAAUAAAAGAAUCAUUCCCUUUUAGAAAGCACUGAAGUUUUCUCAGGCCCAGUGCUACUGUGGUUUAGACCUGGCUGAUCUAAUACCGCAUAACACAGUUAAGUAUGAAACGGAUAAAUAAAACAGAUGAAAAAAAAUGAGCUUGUGAUGAUGUUUGAUGAAUGUGUUUGUUUGGGUCAAAGCCAAAGCCUCCUGAUGAUGUAAUGCAAUCUAAUGUAAAUAUGCCUUUAAUUUAGCCCAGGUUUUUCUUUAAAAAUGCAUUUAAAAAUGCACUCUGCUUCGAGUCGUGUAAAUCAGAAGGUAUAGUUUCUAAGAGUCUGUAUUCAGCUUUUUGGUUAUUGUUUUUUUUUUU